AAUCUUAUCAUCACCCACAACACCGAGCACCACAAACUAGAGAUCAAUUCACUGAUAGUCCACCGAGAUGGCUAAGCGGUUAGUCCUCUUUGUGGCGGUAGUCGUCGCCCUCGUGGCUCUCACCGUCGCUGAAGGUGAGGCCUCUGAGCAACUACAGUGUGAGCGCGAGCUCCAGGAGCUCCAGGAGCGCGAGCUCAAGGCAUGCCAGCAGGUCAUGGACCAGCAGCUCCGAGACAUUAGCCCCGAGUGCCACCCCGUCGUCGUCAGCCCGGUCGCGGGACAAUACGAGCAGCAAAUCGUGGUGCCGCCCAAGGGCGGAUCUUUCUACCCCGGCGAGACCACGCCACCGCAGCAACUCCAACAACGUAUAUUUUGGGGAAUACCUGCACUACUAAAAAGGUAUUACCCAAGUGUAACUUCUCCGCAGCAGGUUUCAUACUAUCCAGGCCAAGCUUCUCCGCAACGGCCAGGACAAGGUCAGCAGCCAGGACAAGGGCAACAAUCAGGACAAGGACAACAAGGGUACUACCCAACUUCUCCGCAACAGCCAGGACAAUGGCAACAACCGGAACAAGGGCAACCAGGGUACUACCCAACUUCUCCGCAGCAGCCAGGACAAUUGCAACAACCAGCACAAGGGCAGCAACCAGGACAAGGACAACAAGGUCGGCAGCCAGGACAAGGGCAACCAGGGUACUACCCAACUUCUUCGCAGCUGCAGCCAGGACAAUUGCAACAACCAGCACAAGGGCAACAAGGGCAGCAACCAGGACAAGGGCAACAAGGUCAACAGCCAGGACAAGGGCAACAACCAGGACAAGGACAACAAGGUCAACAGCCAGGACAAGGGCAACAACCAGGACAAGGGCAACAAGGUCAGCAGCUCGGACAAGGACAACAAGGGUACUACCCAACUUCUCUGCAACAGUCGGGACAAGGGCAACCAGGGUACUACCCAACUUCUCUGCAGCAGCUAGGACAAGGGCAAUCAGGGUACUACCCAACUUCUCCGCAGCAACCAGGACAAGGGCAGCAGCCAGGACAAUUGCAACAACCAGCACAAGGGCAGCAACCAGAACAAGGGCAACAAGGUCAGCAGCCAGGACAAGGGCAACAAGGCCAGCAGCCAGGACAAGGGCAGCAACCGGGACAAGGGCAACCAGGGUACUACCCAACUUCUCCGCAGCAGUCAGGACAAGGGCAACCAGGGUACUACCCAACUUCUUCGCAGCAGCCAACACAAUCGCAGCAACCAGGACAAGGGCAACAAGGUCAGCAGGUAGGACAAGGGCAACAAGCUCAGCAGCCAGGACAAGGGCAGCAACCGGGACAAGGGCAGCCAGGGUACUACCCAACUUCUCCGCUGCAGUCAGGACAAGGGCAACCAGGGUACUACCUAACUUCUCCGCAGCAGUCAGGACAAGGGCAGCAGCCAGGACAAUUGCAACAAUCAGCACAAGGGCAAAAAGGACAGCAACCAGGACAAGGUCAACAGCCAGGGCAAGGGCAACAAGGUCAGCAGCCAGGACAAGGGCAACAAGGUCAGCAACCGGGGCAAGGGCAGCCAGGGUACUACCCAACUUCUCCGCAGCAAUCAGGACAAGGGCAACAGCCAGGACAAUGGCAACAACCAGGACAAGGGCAACCAGGAUACUACCCAACUUCUCCGUUGCAGCCAGGACAAGGGCAACCAGGGUACGACCCAACUUCUCCGCAACAGCCAGGACAAGGGCAGCAACCAGGACAAUUGCAACAACCAGCACAAGGGCAACAAGGGCAGCAACUAGCACAAGGGCAACAAGGGCAGCAACCAGCACAAGUGCAACAAGGGCAGCAGCCAGCACAAGGGCAACAAGGUCAGCAGCUAGGACAAGGGCAACAAGGUCAGCAGCCAGGACAAGGGCAGCAACCAGCACAAGGGCAACAAGGUCAGCAGCCAGGACAAGGGCAACAAGGUCAGCAGCCAGGACAAGGGCAGCAACCGGGACAAGGGCAGCCAUGGUACUACCCAACUUCUCCGCAGGAGUCAGGACAAGGGCAACAGCCAGGACAAUGGCAACAACCAGGACAAUGGCAACAACCAGGACAAGGGCAACCAGGGUACUACCUAACUUCUCCGUUGCAGCUAGGACAAGGGCAACAAGGGUACUACCCAACUUCUCUGCAACAACCAGGACAAGGGCAGCAACCAGGACAAUGGCAACAAUCGGGACAAGGGCAACAUGGGUACUACCCAACUUCUCCGCAGCUGUCAGGACAAGGGCAACGGCCAGGACAAUGGCUGCAACCAGGACAAGGGCAACAAGGGUACUACCCAACUUCUCCGCAACAGUCAGGACAAGGGCAACAACUAGGACAAUGGCUGCAACCAGGACAAGGGCAACAAGGGUACUACCCAACUUCUCUGCAACAGACAGGACAAGGGCAGCAAUCAGGACAAGGGCAACAAGGCUACUACAGCUCAUACCAUGUUAGCGUGGAGCACCAGGCGGCCAGCCUAAAGGUGGCAAAGGCGCAGCAGCUCGCGGCACAGCUGCCGGCAAUGUGCCGGCUGGAGGGCGGCGACGCAUUGUCGGCCAGCCAGUGAUAGAACUCUCUGCAGCUCGCAUGGUGCUUAGGCAUGCAUGCACUUUAGCUAUACAAUAAAUGUGACGUGUGUUCACAGUUUUUCAUGUAACUAGAGUAAAGCCCAGUAAUAAUGCAAAAUGAAAAGCUUUUCUGGCUAAAAAAAGAACAAAACUGGUGCUAUAUAGUA